AUGGCUGGUCAACUAUCGGUAACCAUCGUCGAAGCUAAAGAGCUUCACGAUGAAGAUACCUUCACGGGUUCGAACGAUGCUUAUGUAGAAGUUUAUCUCGACGACGAUUAUAAACAACGAACAGCAACAAUUUCCAACUCCACCACGCCUCAAUGGAACGAAACAUUUCAAUUUCGUGUCGAAGCAAAUCAAGAUCAUCUACAUAUAAAAGUGUACGAUGAUGAUGGUGCAGCCGGCCGAGAUUCAAUUGGUUCAGCUAAGAUCAAAUUAAAUACGGUAAAACAAUCAGGUUCAUUCGAUGAUUGGGUAAAACUACCCAAACUGAUGGGUCUCAAAUCAAACGGUCAAGUUCAUGUUCGCAUGACUUUCCGUGCUUAA